UGUCAACGUCCGAGAUGCAUCCGUGGCUGAGGCGCAUUAUCGGCACGCUCCGCUUGCAGUGGAAUCUCGCGAAAUAAGAAUCGUCCGCGAAGACAUGUCGCCGCCGCCGUAGCGCUCGUGACGAACGCGCGCGACGAAUGAAGAUUUUCGCGGACAAAAUAAUAAUAAUAAAGGAAACGAGCAGCAUGCCGGUCACGGGAACGAGGAGAUUAUGCAGAAUGGGACUCGUCGCGGUCUUGGUCACCGCGUUGUGCAUCCUGACUCUGCUGGACUCGCCGCCAGCACGACUCCCGGAUCCACCGACCGAUCCUCCUCCCACGCCUGGGGGUGAACCGCCGGGCACAAGAAGCAUCGUCGCUUAUUCGUGGGCCCGAAGAUUGGCACUCGAUUACAGGCCCACCAAGCAGUGCGACGGUAAUGGUACGCGCGGAAUGGCGUUAAACGCAUACAAGCUGCCCGGCACGAAAUGGCUUGAGACAAUCCCGGGACAGCUCUUCCUGUACAGCGCCCACUUGGACCUCAGAAUCGCCGGUUACCCGAGCAUCAGAGUGAUUGGCGUUAAACGAGGAGCCCUGCCGUCCUCCGCACUCUUCUGCACUAUAUGGUACUGGAAGAACGGGAGGAUGUUAUCGUUGAGCGUGGAGGCGCUCAUCUCGACAAUCUGGUUGGACGAAUGGGGUGAGACGGCGGACAGUUAUACCGGAAUUCUCGUGAAUUGUCAAUUGCCGUUAGACGGCUCGAUACGCCAUGCAUCUCGGGUUCAUGUGGGUCCAAGUCCCUGCUUCAAGAAUGCUAGUCAUAGUUUAACAAUUCGCUCGGAAUUCGGUGACGAGACUUUUACCGAUCAGAAGAGACGCCGACAGUUCACUUUGUGCAUUAAAGGAUUGGACUUCGACGAGGACAUAUCGCAUAAACUAAUAGCUUUCGUUGAGCUACACCGUAUUCUAGGCGCGCAGUUCUUCUACUUCUACGUAUUCAACGUGCAUGAGAACGUACUCAAGGUGCUACGAUUAUACGAACGGUCGAAUGUGGUGCGAUGGUUCACGCUUGACCUGCCGGGUGAUUUGCCGAAUGAGAAGACGGCCCGAAGGCGAUUCCUCAGUGAGGACAUUUGGACAAAGAGGCGAAUGGAGCUGAUCCCAUACAACCAUUGCUUCUACGAAAAUAUGUAUCGCUCGGAGUUCGUGGUGCCGAUCGACAUCGAUGAGGCGAUUGUGCCGACGCGCCGGAAGACCUGGCACGAAUUGCUGCUGGACGAACGCGCAAAGCUCGGCAAAAGCUUCAAAGACUUCGCCUCGUAUUCUGUACGAAACGCCUAUUUCUUUCCCGAGCUGCAAAAUAAGAGUCAAACCGAUCGGUUGACCGGACUGGAUGAGAAGCUCCGUCGCUCGGCCGAGUAUACAGACUAUCUGGAUACCAUGAGAACGGCCAGUAUUUCGCCCGAGGGCGACUCGGUGAAAAGUUUCGUCUCUACGAAGCGCGCGUUAACGGUGCACAAUCACUAUGCUCUAACCACGCUGAACCCGUCCACUAGACGGGCUCAUCAUCUGGACUCAAACGACGUGCUCAAGCAUCAUCACCGAGCUUGCGACAGCCGACAUCUCGAUUGCGAUCUCUUAAUGGAGGACGUUAGGAUCGACGAAUCCGCUUUACGCUACGCGGACGAGCUGAAAACGAGAAUGAAGAUCGCCUUGGCCGAUCUCGACGCCCUGCCAUAG